AUGCAGGACGCAUAUGCACUUUGUCGUGUGUCGAAAAAGACUACAAAUAUACCAAAGAUUGGAGAGCAUUAUGUGUCUACGCCAAAUCGAAUGCCCUGUGAACAUUCUUCUAGCAUUGAACAAUUUUCUGAUAAUCAUGGAAGAGGUGAAGAAUUUGAGAGCACAAAUUAUCCUAUGCAUAGAAAUGUAGACUCCUGCUCAACCAGCUAUCGCGCCAUCAGAUCCCCUCUCGAAAUCGGUGAAUCAAGAGGGCAGUGGACACCAUCCAUGGAUGGAUUUGGCAUGUCAGCUCCACAAUUUCCAAGUUAUUCAGCAGUUCCUUACCCACCAUCAAAGGUUGAUAUAGCACUGGAGUGUGCAAGGUUUCAACAUAGAUUCGCAUUGCCUCCAUUGGAAGUGGAGGAUUUCCCUCAAGUUGGAUUUACUCAAGACCUAAAAGUGAUGCAACAACCUUCCAUGCCAGAAAGCACAAGCACUCAUCAGACUGAUAUUUUGCAAGAAAUUCUUUCAGUAGCUCAUGUGUCUCAAGAAUUGAUAAAUCAGUCUAGUUUUCAAGAUACGUGGGGUGGAAACUAUGCCGCGACAGAUCAUGAUUUCACUUUCAUGGCUGGGAAGGAUGUUCAACAUAAUAUGUAUAGUGACAUGAUGAUGAACUCUACAAGAUGGGCUGACAAGCAAUGGAUUGAGCCUAGUACAAGCAGCAGGUCUGUAGAGAUCAGUGACCUAGAUGAAGCAUUCAAGGCAGAGAGGAUGGUAGAAAAUUUGAGAUGGGUUGGAAUGUCAAAUGACGAGCUAGAGAAGAGUUUUAUGGAGGAAACCAAGAUUGUUCCAAUAGAAAAUAUUUCAAGUUUCAGCAGGGAAGAGCAUGAAGUUCAAGCAGGAGAAAAUGGGCAUCCUGAUGACUGCCUGGGAUUCAAUGACAGUGAGGAUUUUUCACUUGGAUUCAUCAAUGAUGAGCCUAAUGAUGAUAACUUCAUAGAUGAUAGCAAUGUGGAUGAUUUGGCUAGUUCACCAAGCUUUGAAGUUGUGGAGGAGAUCAAAGUUAGCCAUGGACUUUUCGUUUCGACUCGGCAAGCAACCGAGACAUUCUUCCACCAAUUAGUGCCUUCACAGACUGUUAAGAUCUACCUGAACCCAGCAGUGAUGGCAAACAACUUCUCCAUAGAGAAAGCAGAAAAUACACAAAGGCAUGACACAAAAACAUCCAAGACUAGUACUGCAAAGGAAAACUUCAUCGGCAACGAAUCAUCGCCAGUGAAGAAGCCUGCAGGAAAACUAAUCAAGUGGGACGACAAUAAGAAGGAGAAAGAUUUGCUGGUUACCAUUAGAGGUGGUGGAGGGAGUAAAGCUGGUGUGUUUCUGAAGAAGCUAGGGGCGCAAAAUAUCUUGUUUUUGGCUGCGCUGUUCAUUUUUGGAUACCUUCUUCAAGGAGCAAAUGCUGCAAGCUCCACACCGAACGUAGGGAAUAUAUCAAAAAUAGAGGAUGCAGUGAACUUCCAUAUAUAUUAUGGACAGACCUUCAAAGUCAUUAAGAAUGUUGUUGAUGGCAAGAGCUACCUUCUCAUUCAGCUGUUAGGCAUACUAGGGAGCAUGAAGGGCAUUACAUCAGAUUCUAUGGCUUCUCAAUGUGCAUUAAAGUUGUAUGAAACAGGAGGGGUAGAGAUGAUUAACAGGAAUGAGACACAACAAUUUUCAGAAUUUGGUGCUCAUUUUAUCAGUGAAACAAAUCAACCACAAGCAUGCAAUUUUGCCAACUUUGUUCCAUUAGCAGAGGAUAACCCUCUACAGAGAGCACAAUGGAUAAAGUUCUUGGGAGUUUUUGUAAACCUUGAGACAAGAGCCAACAAAGUCUAUGAUGCAAUCAAAGAGAAUUACUUGUGCCUAACUAAGAUUGGAGCACAAAAAAAUAGUUCCUUCAAAUCAAUAGUUGCUUGGAUGCAGUAUGAUAAUGGUGUAUGGUCUUUUACAAAAGAAACAUGCAAGUUGCAGUAUGUGGAAGAUGCAGGUGGAGAAAAUAUUGACAAUUCUAUCAAUAAGAACACCUACAACACCUCAAAUCCUGAUGACUUGGAAGAAUUACAUGCAAUUCUAUGUACUGUGGAUGUAGUAAUUGAUGAAACGUACACCCUUGAUCCUGCUGGCUACAACCAGUCGAGCUUCCUCCAAAACAUAAAUGUUGAUGAUCAGUCUUGCUUUGCUUUUCUAGCAAAUCAAAGCUUAUGGAGAUAUGAUAAAAGGGUCCAAAACUUAACUACCCUUGACUGGAAUGAUGGAGCAGUCUCCCAACCUCAGUUGGUUUUAGCAGAUCUCAUUGAGGUCUUGUUCCCUACUGGAAAUUAUUCAACAACAUACUUUAGGAACAUUGCAAAGGGCGAAGGGAUUGUGAGCAUUAGAGCUGAUAUGUGCGAAAGAGAUAUCUCCACUCCCAUGGAGCCAACAGUAGUUGCUUGCUAA